GGGGCGGGUUUUCAACUGACGCGUGCUGGGAGCUCAUUGGCCUUUGUGGCACGCACGGCAGGAAGUGGAGCCGAAGACCCAGUCACAACGGAGGGACAGGACUCGAGGGCCAGAACCGCGUCUUCUCCCUCGGGCUCAACUCCCUGAUUCUGAAGGGCUGGAGUCCGGAGUAACCACAAAACCAUGGAGCAAAAAGACAAAGUGGAUGUCCCGGGCUGGCCCUCCAACUUGGAAAGUAACAUGGAGAACAAGACUGGAGCCCCACUGGGAAUAGAACCUGGCUUCAGAGGACCUGCAGAUCAACGUGGCAGAGGCCACAGUUGUGGCGCCAGGAUCCAAGUCAGAGCCGUGGAACAAAAAGACAAAGUGGAUGUCCCGGGCUGGCCCUCCAACACGGAAAGUAACAUGGAGAACAAGAUUGGAGCCCCACUGGGAAUAGAACCUGGCCUCAGAGGACCUGCAGAUCAACAUGGCAGAGGCCACAGUUGUGGCGCCAGGAUCCAAGUCAGAGCCGUGGAACAAAAAGACAAAGUGGAUGUCCCGGGCUGGCCCUCCAACUCGGAAAGUAACAUGGAGAGCAAGACUGGAGCCCCACUGGGAAUAGAACCUGGCCUCAGAGGACCUGAAGAUCAACGUGGCAGAGGCCACAGUUGUGGCGCCAGGAUCCAAGUCAGAGCCGUGGAACAAAGAGACAAAGUGGAUGUCCCGGGCUGGCCCUCCAACUCGGAAAGUAACAUGGAGAACAAGACUGGAGCCCCACUGGGAAUAGAACCUGGCCUCAGAGGACCUGAAGAUCAACGUGGCAGAGGCCACAGUUGUGGCGCCAGGACCCAAGCCAGAACCAUGGAACAAAAAGACAAAGUGUAUAUCCACUGCUGGCCCCCCAACUCGGAAUGUAACAUCGGGAAGAAGACUGGAGCCCCAUGGGGAAUGGAACAAGGCCUCAGAGGACCUGCAAGUCACCGUGGCAGAGGCCACAGUUGUGGCGCCAGGACCCAAGCCAGAACCAUGGAACAAAAAGACAAAGUGUAUAUCCACUGCAAGCCCUCCACCUUGGAAAGUAACAUGGGGAACAAGACUGGAGCCCCACUGGGAUUUGAAGCUGGCCUCAGAGGACCUGCAGAUCAACGUGGCAGAGGCCACAGUUGUGGCGCCAGGAUCCAAGUCAGAGCCGUGGAACAAAAAGACAAAGUGGAUGUCCCGGGCUGGCCCUCCACCUCGGAAUGUACCAUGGAGAGCAAGACUGGAGCCCCACUGGGAAUGGAGCAAGGCCUCAGAGGACCUGCAGAUCACCGUGGCAGAGGCCACAGUUGUGGCGCCAGGACCCAAGCCAGAAGCACGGAACAAAAAGACAAAGUGGAUGUCCCCUGCUGGCCCUCCACCUCGGAAAGUAUCAUGGAGAACAAGACUAGAGCCCCACUGGAAACAGAGUCUGGCCUCAGAGGACCUGCAGAUCACCGUGGCAGAGGCCACAGUUGCGCCAGGACCCAAGCCAGAACCACGGGACAAAAAGAUAAAGUGAGUGUCCCGCCGGGCUGGCCCUCCACCUCGGAAUGCAACGUGGGGAACAAGACUGGAGCCCCACUUGGAGUAGAACCUGGCCUCAGAGGACCUGCAAGUCACCGUGGCAGAGGCCACAGUUGUGCCAGGACCCAAGCCAGAACCGUGGAACAAAAAGACAAAGUGGAUGUCCCGGUCUGGCCCUCCACCUCGGAAUGUAACCCUGAGAACCAGCCUGGAGCCCCACUGGGAAUAGAGCCUGGCCACAGAGGACCUGCAGAUCAACGUGGCAGAGGCCACAGUUGUGGCACCGGGACCAAAGCCAGGGAACACAGCGAGGCCCUGCCUGCUCUGGGUUCUGAGAAGAAGGUGCAUGGUGCACUGCUAAAGAGAAAACAGAUUCGACUACCAAGAGCGACUGGGGCUGUGGCCCACAAACCCCUCUGGCAGGGCAAGAAGUCCUCUGCCAAAAGAGGUCACACAGGGAAGGAGAACACUGUGUGCCAGCCUGAAGUCCUGCCCUUCACAAGCCCCCAGGAGGAGAGCUCCCAAGGGCCUCCGCUCUUCUGCUGGACCCCAGCAGUUUCAUCUCCGCCCUACGUGACAAUGACCUUGGGGCAGCAAUUGAUUGUUUCUCCUUCCGUGGAGCUCCAUGAGGCUGUUGCCUCAUCCAACUCACUCUCGGAUCUGAGCCCCCUGCCAUGUUCCACCAUGGAGCAUCAUCCACCAGAACAGCAGGUCCCUGCAGAGAAGUUGGGGUUCCGGAAACUUGGGCGGGAGAAGCUAAGUGGAUGUGUAGAGCAGACCGCCUAGGGGCUGGGAGUGGGCACUGGAGGCAACUGGGCACUGGAAGGGCACUGGAAGGGCACUGGAAGCACAAAUUGUGCUUCUGAGAAGAGGUGCUGGCUGCACAGCUCCUGCUCUCCUCACACCUGUUUCUUUGCAGGGC